AUGCGCUUUGGUCUAUCACAGAGCGCGAACUUUGGCGCACCACAACAAAACGCCUUUGGCUUCGGUGCCUCAACGCCCGCCCCCGCGAGCAACGGCGCGAACGGCUUCGGCGGCGGCAAUGCUUUCGGCGGCGGCGCGACCAACAGCUUCCCGCCCGCGCAGUCCGCUGCCCCGAGCAACAACUUCGCUGCCUCGUCCUUUCCAGCAUUCGGAGGGAGCAACCAGGGCACAGGCUUCAACCCUACACCGCCCUCGUCUGCGGGCUUCAACUUCACAGCCGGAGGUGCAAAUCCAUUCGCGACGGCCAACUCGGGACCCGCGACCAAUGGCAGCACGCCUGCGCCCGCAUUUGGGGGAUCGUCCACGUUUGGCAACAACGACCAGGCGCAGAGCAAUCCCUUUGGCGGCCUAGGCCAGAACAACACCACAAGCGCACCCUCAUCAGGCGGUAUGUUCGGUACUACCAGUUCAACCCCCACAGGCGGUAUGUUUGGGGCGUCCAGCGCUGCGCCUACUGGAGGCAUGUUCGGAACAUCGAGUGCUGCACCAUCAUCAGGAGGCAUGUUCGGUACAUCCACCGCCGCUUCUUCCGGUGGUAUGUUUGGUACAUCCAGCGCUGCGACCUCAGGUGGUAUGUUUGGCACAUCGAGUGCUGCCCCCGGUGGCAUGUUUGGUACCACCAGCGGCGCCCCAAACGCUACGAGCACCUCCGCUCCCGCAUCCACACCCUUCACAUUCGGUGCCGCACCGACGACAGCCUCGAACACCACGAGUACGCCCGCGACGAGCGGUAUCUUCAGCGGAUUUGGCAACUCAACACAAUCAACGGCGCCUUCACAACCAAGCACGUUCGGUGGGUUUGGUGCCAAUGCGCAGAAGGAAGAUGCCUCCAAGCAGGCGGCUGCGCCCCAAAACAACAUGUUUGGUGGUUUCGGUUCCAACGCACAGAAGACGGAGGGUACCUCGGAAACGCCGAAGCAGAACAACUUCUUUGGAGGCUUGGGUACGAGUGCGCAAGGCACGCCAAAUGCUACGGCCACCGCUCCUGCGUCGAAUCUAUUCAACUUCGGCGCGAGUGCGCAGAAGUCUGACAGCACGACGUCAAGCGCACCUCCGACAAACCUCUUUGGAUCUGCUUCAUCCAGCAAUCCGUUCGCAAACCUCCCGACCGCCGAAAACAAGUCGUCCGGAGCAGCUGCACCAACCAACCUGUUCAGCAGCCUCAAGAAGCCUGAAGAGUCCGGCAGCAGCCCUUCUGCCGAUACCCCCAAGUCCAACCCGUUCGCGGCACUUCCCAAGCCAGCCGACACACCUACCACUACAGGAAGCAGUUCAGGUUUCAGCAUAUUUGGUGCCAACAAGGAUGCGGGCGCAGCAACUGUGAAGGCUCCCGAAGCACCAAAGUCAAAUCUAUUCCAGCCGUUCAGCACACCACAGCCAGCGAAGACAGCCGACGUGGAGAAGUCUCAAGGUGGCAUGUUCACUGCUGCUCAGCCCAAAACCAGCUCUGGCCUCUUUUCCCAAACGUUCCAGCCCGAGAGCAACAAUUCCAGCAAUUUGUUCAAAAAGCCGCAGUCAAGCUUUGCCCCGUCAUCAACAUCAGCAUCAGAAACGCCCAAGGCUGCACCUGAGGCUUCCAAUCCUUUUGCCUCCUUGCCCAAACCUUCGACAGACCGUCCCAACUUCUUCAGCGCUUCGAAGGAACCCUCGCAACCCUCCCCUGCGCCGGCCACAUCGAUCUUCAACGGUACCACCCCUGAGUCGACUGGAGAAUCGCAGGCGCCUGAAAUGCCCAAGGUUCCCAAGGUGCACGUCCCCAAAGACUGGGCUGUUCCAGGUGCCGUUCGCGCGCAGAGCAGCGAUGGCCUACUGAAGCAGAUAUCCGAUCUGACUGCUCAACUGCAAAUGUUGAACGAAAAGUACCGACAACAGCUGAGCAACCUUCCUCCCACGGCAGACUGGUCGAGUGUGUCCCUUUGGCACUACCAGCAUGCGGUCGACAUUAAGAAGAAGAUCGACAACGUGAAGAAGCAACGUGCAGCCGGACGAGGUAUCACCGGCAAUGAAUCAAGCUUGUCCACGAAGCGCAAGGUCAACGAUGACAGCCACGAAGUCCGCGAUCCAUCCCCUUCCAAGCGAGCUCGUGCGACGGAAGUAUCUUCUGGUCCGACUCCGCAGCUCUCGGCUUCUACACCGAAGCUCAAUGCCCCAGCUACGGCGACAUCAAACAUGUUUGCCAAGGCGAUCGGAAACAAGCCAUCUGCACCUGCGGCAGCGUCAUCGACAAGCCUGUUCGCCCCAAAGACAGCUGAAAAGCCCGCCACCGAGCCCUCGCAACCAGCUGCAUCAAGUACCGGUUUCGGUUUCAAGCCCUCAGUUCCCACCACUAACGGUGCAGAAACUGCGGCAGCCCCAUCCGGCUUCAAGCCAAGCUUCGGUGCUUCCUCCACCAGUACAUCGGGCUCUACUGGCUUCAAGCCGAACUUCGGCAGUGCUCCAGCAGGCGGCUUCAUGGCUCAGUUCACCAAGACCGCGAAGACUUACGAGGAACUCGCCGCAGAACGCAAGAAGAAGGCUAUGGACGAGGACUACGAUUCGGACGAUGAGACCAAGGAGGAGUGGUCUGCCAGGUACGACAAAGCUGAGGCUGAGCGCCUCGCAAAGGAGAAGGAGAUUGCUGCCUCGACUAAAUUUGUGUUACCUGGUAGUGCUUCUGGCAGUACUUCACCCAAGGAGAAUCCGUUCACUGGACUUUUGAAGCCUAAGAGCGGAGUUUCCACUCCCAAAGCUCCCAGCCCGGCGCCGUCUACAGGCAGUCAAUCGGUCUUCAACGCCUCCACGUCGCAAGCAUCAUCCCCCAAUAUCUUCGGCCACCUGUCAGGUCCUUCUUCCAGCAACCAGGAAGAGUCGGAUGACGACGACGGCGAACAACGAGACAAUGCUGGUUCAGCAGAGCCGCCCUCGCCUCCGAAGCGCUCGGUCGAUGCAUCGGAGACCGAAUCUGAAGAUACCCAGCAGCACAAGCAGGAAGAGUCAAGUUCCAAGGGCAGCUUGUUCUCACGGAUCACCAGGGAUAACGAUUCCGAGGCAGAGAAGGAGAACAGUGGCGCCUCUUCUCUGUUUGGGCAGAGUAACGGUACUACAACUCCUUCCAACAAACCUUUCCAGUUCUUCGAUUUCGGUGCUGCGUCCAAGACCGCGCCGCCAAAGACCGACACAUUUGCCGGCGAUCAGACUUUCAAGGCGGGUACUCCGAUCAAGUUUGGCGGAGCUCCUGCUACUGAGAAGAAGGACGCUGCACCCAAAUUCAACUUCCAGCCUGCUACGCCUGGUGCUGGCGAGUUCUCCACAACGCCGGCGAAACCACCACCCAGCUCGAUCUUCAACUUCGCUCCCUCCACAGGUGGAUCUUCGCUUUUCGCUCCAUCAGGCGGCAACUCUGUGACCUCGUCUGUAUUCUCUUCGCGCGCAAACACGCCUCUCUCUGAAGCUGGCGAUACCAGUGCCGCGUCUGCAGCAGAAGAUGACGAAGAGGGCGGCAAGCAAGAACAGAUCGACUUGACCAAGUUGACUGAAGAUGAGCUCAAUACUUACGACAUUGUCUUCCACACCGAAGUCGUACUCGCCAAGCACCAGGAGGGAGAGAAGGGCUGGACAAACAUAGCAAAGGGCCCGCUCUGGAUCCUCAAGGACAAGCAGACGGGCAAGUGCUCUGUGCGUGUGCGCAUUCCGAGUGGUGCCACCCCGGUCAACUACCAGAUCCUACCUGCGCUGCCUGCCACCGUCACUGGCGGUAGCAAGAAGAUGGUCAUGGCGACCAAGCCUGCCAAGGAAGGCGGACUCCAGUCUGUUCUUUACGCAGUCAAGACACCUGAGAUUGCACAGGAACUCGCAGCGAAGUACACAGAGUGUGUACCUAAAUCGCAGUAA